UAGCCUGACAGACGUCAGUGAACGAAUUAUUGUAAAUACUAUUAAAAUAUAUUAAGAAUUAAUAGUUACGACAAUUAUAACAAUUAUUAUCGUACUCUAAUUUGAGUAUCUGCAAUUACUUCCUACUUUAACGUAGAUAAAAUGAUAGUUAGUGCUACUUGUAGUGCUGUUAUUUACAUUCUAAUAGAGAUGCACGUAGUAUUGUAAUACCAUAUACUCUAUAUAAUGAUAUUUUCACUUGAAGAGGAUUUAUACAAGUGAGAGGAUUACCUUGGUGAUAUUUUUAUCAUGGGGUCUGUGUGGAAAAGACUUCAAAGAGUGAAUAAACUUGCUGUCAAGUUUCAAUUUACAGUGUCUUAUCACCAACUUUCUUUUGAAUUUACACCCAAAUGGGAACCUCAUAAAAUUGCAAUAGUAUGGACUCGUAGAUCUAGACGUGUAAUAUCAACUACAAUGCAAUGGGAACCAACACUGCAAAACCCAUAUAAGGCUCUAGUGGUGUGGCCUCUUCCUGAAAAUCAUCAGAUAUCUGUUACACUGUUUAAAGACCCUAGAACAAAUGAGCUAGAAGAUAAAGAUUGGUGUUUUAUUAUAGAAGAUGUAGUACCAAAUGGUAAAAGGCGACAACUUGCUGUGGCUCAUGUCAAUAUGCGAAAAUAUGCUAGUGUAGAGUCUUCUCAACAUCAGCUUCAACUACAGUUUAAGCCCACGUCGAAGAAAAUUCAAAGUGCAAAGUUAGAAUGUACUUUAUCUUGUGUGUUUCUUAGAGAAGGAAAAGCAACAGAUGAAGAUAUGCAAUCCAUGGCAUCUUUAAUGUCUGUUAAUAACAACAGUGAUAUAGCUCCUUUGGACGAUUUUGAAGAUGAAGAUUUCUCAUUUAGUGAUAACUCUGUGAAAAACAGCAUACAGGAAGUAACACAGCACCUGCAACAGAUGACAAAUAGUUUAUCUGGUUCUGACAUAGCUAGUACUCCAAUGAGUGUGAAUAGUAUUCAGUCAUUCGUAAGAGAUGACAAAACUCCGACCGGAGAGAAUGUACUGCCACCUUCAGAAAAAAUGAUUAAUUUAAAUCUUCCAUUGCCGAACAUUUCUGAUUUUCAGCAGUCGGAAAAAGAUUUUUAUUCUGAACGGUGUACAGAGCAAUUAGAGGAAAUUGCUAACAUGGUGGAAGAGGACAAAAAUGAUUCUAUCAAAGAUGUUCAUGUAAAAAAGGUUAAAAUAAAGUUGGAACCUUUGCCGCUUGAAAAAAAUGAAGUUGCAGAAGAAAAUGGUUACAAACAAAUACAGAAAUCGACUACCCCAGGUCAAGAUUUAUUGGAAUGGUGUAAAGAAAUGACUAAAGAGUAUCCAAAUGUAAAAGUAACUAAUUUAACAACAAGUUGGCGCAAUGGUAUUGCUUUUUGUGCGCUCAUACACCGUUUUAGGCCCGAUUUAAUUGAUUUCGAUUCACUCUCUCCCCAUGAUGUUAAGGGAAAUUGUAAAAAGGCUUUCGACGCUGGCGAUGCAAUAGGAAUUCCUAGAGUAAUAGAACCAUCAGAUAUGAACAUGUUGGCAGUACCUGACAAAUUGGCUGUAAUGACGUAUCUAUAUCAGUUAAGAGCCUAUUUUACGGGUCACGAAUUGGAAGUGGAACAGAUUGGAAAAACAACUGAUGAAAGUAGUUACAAAAUAGGACGUUUCAAUACUGACAGUGAUACUGACGUUACUAUGCAGUUAUUUGGUCAAGAAAUUAUUAAUUUAAGGAAAGCAAAGCAGCAACAGGCUAACAAAGACGUUGAACAGAAACGGGAGUCAAUAGAAAGGGAAGACAACACCAACAACAAAGAUUCUAAAAGAAUUAUAGUCGCUAAUGAUAAAUCCAAAGUAUCUGUAAUAAAUGACGUAAGUGAUAGGAGUGAAAAACAGUUUUUACAAACAACAGCAGCAACAACAACAGUUAAAGAUGUUAAGGAUAUUUUCUUGUCCAAUCCAAAGGAUAUUAUUUUGUCAGGCUCAAAGAAUAUUUUAGGGAGGGUGUUGUCUCCAUCAAAAGAUAAAGGAACAGGCCAUAUUAAUAACAACAAUAAUAAUAACAAUAACAACAGUGGUAACAAAAAAGGAGACGCAAAGAAGCCAGUUUUGAUGACAAGACGUGAAUUGUGCGAUCCGUUUGGGUCAGACGAGGAGGACGAUAGUGGUGUUAAAACUGUCCAGGAAGAAUCGCCAGUACUUGUUACAUUACAAGCCAAUGGGGUAGGCCCAGAAAGUGAAACUGAUAACGUUGAUAAGAAGGACCCAUCGGUCAUAUCCGUUACUGAUAUUCCUAUAACGAACACUCAACUUCUAUCACGACACACGGAACAAAAGGAGAGGGCAAGGCAGUUGUUGGAGCAAUUGAAAAAGGACGGAACCACUUCACCCAUUAAGUCAAUGUCUGAAGAGGAAAGGCAAGCACAGCUGAGAGAAAGAGCCCGAAGGUUAAUUCUUGAGACACGAAAGGGUUCAGCAUCUACAACUGAAAUAAUUCGAGCUGUCAGUCCUGAUUCGUUGAAAUUUAUUUUAGACACAGAAGACAAAUUAACGAAAAAUGUAGAUGAAUCGAAAAAACAGGGUGCCAAAGAUAUGGAGAGUAAUGGAAACAUAUCUUCGUCGGCAACUCUAACCGAAGAAAAAUUAGAAAAAUCUAGUCCAAUCAUACAAAAUACUCUUUCAUCUAGUUUAAUAGCAAACCAAAUGAAUAUGAACGAAGUGGACAUUGACGUGCAAAAUUGGGUAGACCAAGAAUUAGAAGAUUUGGAAAGAGAACAAAGUGCCAUCGAUAAGCAAGCUGCUGCUUUAGAGAGGAAACUAAGGGACGUAAUGGAGGACCCUGGUAGUUCCUGUGAAGAAGAGGAGGCUUUAAUGUCCCAAUGGUUUACGCUUGUUAAUAAGAAAAACGCACUUUUACGAAGGCAGAUGCAACUUAACAUUUUGGAAAAAGAAAGCGAUUUGGAGAGAAGAUACCAAAUGUUGAAUCACGAAUUACGGGUGAGUCUUUCUAUCGAAGAUUGGCGAAAGACGGACGAGCAACGUGCCAGAGAGGCUGUACUUUUAGAAGAAUUAGUUCAAAUAGUCAAUAAAAGGGACGAACUGGUCCAUCAUUUGGAUAAUCAGGAGAAAGCAAUCGAAGACGACGAUCUGAUAGAACACGACUUAUCACAAAUGGAGCUACAGAGAAAAGAAAAGUGUGUCAUCUCAUAGUCCUAUUACACUUUUUUUUUUAUUUGAUAUUCUAGGUGAAUAUGAAUAAUUAUUUCGCUACUACAAGAUCAAAUGUAUAGGUUUAACUGUUUACAGAAAGACAUCCUCUCUUUAUUUAUUGGUUGUAGAUUUUUUCGUAUACUAAAUUAUUUUAUUUUGGUUGUGAAGAUGAAUUUUAAAUAUUCUAAAAGACAAAUCAAAAAGUUAAAAUCUCACAGUGGAUACUUCUUUUUAGUAAUACGUAAUAAAUAUUGAUUUUUUUAUUGUGCCAUACUAAAAAUUAAUUGUGUAAGUGCUUCAUUAUUUUUUUUUAUCGAGUUCAAAAUGGUUAUGAUUUUUCAUGUAAAGAUUUUUGUGAUUGGGAAUAUUAUUAUAAGUAGUUGUUGUGAUAGUGUAAAAGUUCUCAAUUUCGCUUUCUUAAAAAAUAAUGUGUGUAAUUAAUAACAAAUGUCCAGUGAUGUCUGUUGUUAGCUAAUUUAUUUCUGAAAAUGCUUUAGUUAAUUUAAUAAUAAAUGUGAUUAUAUAAUGAUGUUAAGAGAGCCUAAUAAAGUCGCUGUAAUUAUUUGUGAGCAGGUGUAUAAAACGCAAUAUAAAUGGAAAAUGCCACUAAGCUUAUAGAUAUUAUUUGUAAUGUCAUAUUAUCUCUUAUUAUUAGUUUUUUUAAAUGUACUCCAUAAUUAACUAAUAAUAGCCGUAAUAACACGAUUUAUUACAUAAGGCGUUUCAAUUUGCAAUUGUCCAUUUAUAAAAAAAACUCGAAUUGUGCGAAAAAUGUACAUAAUUGACUUAAAUCGUAAGUCCUUGAAUAGUUUUUGUUUAUGUACAUAAUCUGUGUAACUAUUACUGAUAUAAAGAA